UAAUUCCUUCCCCCAAUGCCCACCCUUUAUUUUCAUUGCACAGAGACACAUGAGAGGUCAACUCUAACUUUUUCUCCCUCAAUUUCAGUUCUUCUACGUUCUAACCAUUCGCAAAACGCCUUCGUUUUAAUCUUACAUCCUCGUUAGUCGUUAGUUCUUACGCGAACCAGCUGAAUGCACGGCAACGUCGGUCACGUGACCAAUGGCUUCUCAUCAAUUCCUCGACAACUUCAUAAUUCCCGAUCACAUUCUCGUACCGGGCUCCUCCGACUCCGAGGUUGAAAAUGUCGGUGACGUGCCUCACUGUCCGGUCCUUGUUUUCGUCAACUCCAAGAGUGGCGGUCAACUCGGCGGACAUCUCCUCAAAACAUAUCGCGAUCUUCUUAAUCCCAAACAGGUUUUUGAUUUGGGGGAACAUGCUCCUGACAAGGUUCUCAGAACAGUGUAUGCUAAUUUGGAAGGCCUCAACGUACGGGGUUAUCAGUUUGCUGACAAGAUCAAGGAGAGAUUGAAGUUAAUUGUUGCAGGGGGUGAUGGAACAGCAGGUUGGCUUCUUGGAGUUGUUUGUGAUCUCAAAUUAUCUCAUCCUCCACCAAUAGCCACGGUCCCUUUGGGCACAGGGAAUAAUCUACCUUUUGCAUUUGGUUGGGGAAAGAAGAACCCAGCGACAGAUCAAAGAUCCGUUGAGGCAUUUUUAGAUCAAGUCAUGAAGGCUACAAAAAUGAAAAUAGACAACUGGCACAUUCUCAUGAGAAUGAGAGCUCCUAAAGAAGGUCCCUGUGAUCCUAUUCCACCACUUGAGCUACCACAUUCUUUGCAUGCCUUCCAUCGUGUAUCUGAAUCAGAUGAAUUUAAUAUGGAAGGUUGCCACACAUUUCGUGGGGGGUUUUGGAAUUAUUUCAGUAUGGGAAUGGAUGCUCAAGUGUCUUACGCAUUUCAUUCAGAACGAAAGAAGAAUCCUGAAAAAUUCAAAAACCAGUUAAUUAAUCAGACUACUUAUGCUAAGCUUGGAUGCUCACAAGGAUGGUUUUUUGCUUCUAUGUCGCAUCCUGCCGACAGGAACAUAGCACAACUAGCGAAAGUAAAAUUCAUGAAAAGACAUGGUGAAUGGCAAGACCUAGACAUACCUCCCAGCAUCCGGUCAAUUGUAUGUCUCAACUUGCCUAGCUUUUCUGGCGGAUUCAAUCCAUGGGGUACACCAAAUAGGAGGAAGCAGAGUGACAGAGAUUUGACACCACCAUUUGUUGAUGAUGGCCUUCUAGAAAUUGUUGGUUUUAGAAAUGCAUGGCAUGGACUUGUUUUACUUGCUCCAAAAGGACAUGGAACUCGUCUUGCUCAGGCACAUAGAAUCCAGUUUGAGUUUCGCAAAGGUGCAGCAGAUCAUACAUUCAUGAGGAUUGAUGGGGAACCUUGGAAGCAACCUCUUCCAGUUGAUGAUGAUACUGUUAUGGUUGAGAUUUCUCACCAUGGCCAGGUUAACAUGCUAUCCACUCAUAAUUGCAAGUCUAAAAGUGUGUAUGAUCCUUCAUCACCACACCAUGAGGAUGAGGAAGACGACAGUGAUGAAGAAGACUCUGUAGCAGAGGAAUUUCGGAAGUUUGGAGCAGCUGAUACAUUUAGAAUCCCAGAUGAGGUUGAUGUUUCUCAUCUUAGUUAGGUCCUUCAUUAUUAAGCCAUUCUAGUGUUAUGCAGCUGAGAUUUCCUAUACUAAUUAGUAGUUAACCCCUUCAAAUAUUUGUGGCUUCUAUCAAUGUGACAACCAAUUUGUUCAUUUCUAGCAGCAUUAUGGCCGCAAACGUGAUAAUUGAUACAAUAAUUGCAGUUGAAAUACAUAGAUUUCAAGUAGACUCGAUGUAUGAGGACUAGUUUGGCGUGAGAUUGUGAAAGACUUGAGUAGAAAGAUUGUUGAUUAGAAGUAAAUUCAAUCUCUUCUCA